UGCCACGACAAGAAGGUGAUUCACAGGGACAUUAAGCCAGAGAAACUGCUGCUGGGGCUGAUGGGUGAGGUGAAGAUUGCAGACUUUGGCUGGUCUGUGCAUGCUCUCUCCCUCAGGAGGCAGACUACACGUGGGACUCUGGACUACUUGUCCCCAGAAAUAGUGGAAGGCAGGACCUAUGACAAGAAGGUGGACGUGUGGUGCGUCAGGGUGCUCURCUAUGAGCUGCUGGUGGGAAAGCCACCUUUUGAAAGAACCUCUCAGAGUGAAACCCAGGGACGCAUCCUCAACAUGGAUGUGACAUUUCCCCCCUCAGUGUCUGUGGGGGCCCAGGACUUGGUCUCCAAGCUUCUUAGAUAUCAGCCCUCAGAGCGUGUUUCCCUGGCUCAGAUUCUGGAGCACCCCUGGGUGAAGGCUCACUCCUAGAGGGUGUUGCCUCCCAGUACUCAGAAGGCUUCCUGA